GGUGCAUCGACCGCCCGGCCACGCAUCGAUGACAACCACUCACAUUGGCAUUUUACAUCCGCACGGUGAUCGACAUACCUUUUUUGCACAGUAUCAACCCAGGCGUGAUCGGAGACUAGCAUAUGACAGGCUGCGGGGUUUGCGGCGAAGCCCGCCGCGGGCCGGCUGGGGUGUCAUCGUGGACACCUUGUCGGUUGGCAUUCCUCGAUGAGGCAGGUUACUGGGCACCGAAGGCGGCACUGGCAGCUGCACCUAGAGCCAAGCGGCACGAGCCUCGGUGUCCUGAUUCAGUUUGACAUUUUGAUUUCUAGUGCGGCUCAACAGGGAAUUCAUCUAUAUGUUGGGGACGCCCCGUCCGGGCUUUGGUGAGACUCCUGUCCGACCUGUACAGCCAGAGCUCGGGAGAGUGAGAUACUAGGUAGUAGUUGUGCAGCUCCUCAUCCACACAAUGAAGGAAUUUGCAAGCAUCCUCUACCUGGCCUCGGCCGUGCUGGCCUUCCCCGCGCCCGGCGAGACCGUCGGCGCCCUCGUCCCGCGCCAAACCGCCAACCAGAUCACGGACCAGUACCUCUUCAGCAUCACUCUCCCAGCCUUCACAGCGAAGCGCAAUGCCCGGGAUCCGCCGACCCUGAUCUGGGACUCGGACGGAUGCAGCUCGUCCCCGGACAACCCGUUCGGCUUCCCCUUCGUUCCGGCCUGCCAUCGCCACGACUUUGGCUACCGCAACUACAAGGCCCAGAACCGCUUCACCGAUGCUGGCAAGCUGAGCAUCGACAACAGCUUCAAGAAGGAUCUCUACUACCAGUGCAGCUCCGUGAGCGCCCGGGGCGUCUGCGAGGCUCUCGCGGAUGUGUACUACGCGGCCGUGCGGGCCUUCGGCGGCGAUACCCAGGGCAAGCGGGACGAGGACCUCAUCCGGGAGUACGAGGAGAAGGUGGCCAUCUAUAACAAGCUCGUCGCCGAGGCUCAGGAGAGGGGCGAGCUUUGGCGUAUUGACUAGGGCAGGACAGUAGCAGUAGAUAGCUACUAGUACUCUUGGAUAGCAAUAUAAAUAUUAGUGGAA